AUGGCGAAAUAUUACAAUAUUUCGGCGACCUGGAUAGACUGCACCUCGAUGGUGUUCAUGGUGAUCUACAUUGCCGCAGUAUUCCCCAUUUCGUACGUGAUGGACGUGCGUAACAUGAGACAGUCGGCCGUGAUCGGCACCGUGGGCACGGCACUCGGCGCGUGGGUAAAAGUGUUUUCCGCCGAUCCGUCUCAAUUCAAAGUGGUCCUCCUGGGCCAAACGGUGUCGGCGAUCGCGCAGGUAUUCCUGCUCAGCAUCCCGUCGCGUCUGUCUGCCACCUGGUUCUCGCCGGAAGAAGCGUCGUCGGUGUGUGCGUUCGGAGUGUUCGGUGCUCAGCUUGGAAUCGCCAUUGGCUUUUUCCUCACGCCGAUGGUCAUCGUCAAUAGCGACGAUCCGGCGGCAAUCGGUGUAGAUCUGCAAGUGUUUCUGAUGGGUGUAGCCGGAUUUUCGACCAUGAUCGCCUGCAUGGUGAUCGCCAUCUUCAAAUCCGAACCACCCUUCGCUCCAAGCCACGUGCAGGCUCUACAGCGGACAAUGAAACCACGGCGCAAAGACUACUGGCCGUCGGUGGCGCGGCUGAUGAGGGAUCACAACUAUCUCAUCCUGGUGCUUGCCUACGGUAUCAACUCUAAUGCGUCGUACGAGUACAUCAACGAGCUGAUCAAAUCGGAUGAGUUGCACAACUACGAGCGGAAGCUGCGCCAGCUGGCAGAGAAGAACAUUCUGAUCUCGGCAAAUCUAAUUUCGACCAUCAUUGACGACUACUUCAACGAUGGGUACAGCUGGUGUGUGGAAACGAUUAAAAACUCAUACUUUUCUACGCUGGCAAGCGAUUUGGAGCUGAAGAAGGCCGUAAUCUAUUUGAAGCAGGACGACUUUCAACAGGCCAUUGACACGCUGAAAUACUUCGAAAAGAAAGAGUCCAACAUUGCCAUCAAUGCGGCCAUAAAUUUAAGUUUCAUUUACAUUUUGAAAAAGGACGUUGCGGCCGCAGAAACAUAUGCCGAGGCGGCAAAAAAGAUCGACAGCUACUGCCCGGCGGCCUUCAUCAACAGUGGUGUUUGCUUCAUGCUGAAAAAUGAUUACGAAUCGGCCAAGCUGAUGUUUACCAGCGCGCUGGACAUCGAUUCGACCUCGUUUGAGGCCCUGUACAAUAUGGGAUUGAUCUUUAAGAAGCUGGCCGACCACAACACAGCACUGCUGUACUUUCGGAAAAUCAUUUCCAGCCUUGGGCACGAGCAACACCCGGAGGUUUUGUAUCAGAUUGCCCAACAAUAUGACUUGCUGGGUGACGUGAGUACGGCCCUCGAGUACUACCUCCAGCUGCUCAGUCUGGCGCAACAGGAUCACAAAAUUAUCCAACGCAUCGGAGAGCUGUACGAAAAGGAUGGCGAGCGGCAACAGGCGUACCAUUACCAUCACGAGUCGUACCGCAUCUAUCCAAUUGAGUCCAGCGUCAUCAACUGGCUCUGUUCGCACUACAUCGAACUACAGGUGGUCGAGAAAGCGAUCGGCUUCUACGAAAAGGCGAUCCUUCGCAACCCACAGGAUCCGUACUAUCUGUUGCGUAUUGCCGGCUGUUAUCGUCGCAUCGGAAAUCAACAGAAAUCGAUGAACCUCUUCCGAAUGAUCCACGAGCACUAUCCUGAAAAUACAGACUGCUUGCGGGCGCUCAUGCAUCUGACACAAUCGCAGGGGAACAGUGAGGCAUACGAAAAGUUCGCCAGUGAGUUGCAAAAGCUGGAAAAGCAGAAGGAAGUUCGGCAGCGCAUCGGCAAUGGCCGGCCACCAACAAGCAGCAACUCUCGCCUCUCCAGCGGAGAGUACAGUAGUGCGCGUGCAGCAGUAACCGCGUCUCACGAAGGAUAUCAAGCUCCCGGAACGGCUUCCGGACAUCACAGUACAGGCCAGACCAGUAAAAGCGCCGACGUAUCACCUGACUAUAGUAAUAAUUUUGCGCAGGCUGCGUACACUUACGGAGAUCCAUUGGGACCACCACAAGAGCGACCGCGAACCGGCGUUCGCCGGAAUCUUACGUUUGAAGACGAAUCGGAUGAAGAGAUAAACACCUACGAUCUGUUGCCAGUCUGA